AUGUCCCGCGCCGUGUGCGUCCUCACCCACGCGUGUGUGCAGGCACGACCCCUCAGCCUCCCCUCCCCACAGAACAUGUACCGGCUGGAGGGGGAGGGCUUCCCCACCAUCCCACUGCUCAUCGAGCACCUCCUGCAGAGCCAGCAGCCCAUCACCCGGAAAAGUGGGAUCAUCCUGGCCAGGGCCGUGCCCAAGGACAAAUGGGUGCUCAACCACGAGGACGUGCUGCUGGGGGAGCGCAUCGGCCGGGGUAACUUUGGGGAGGUGUUCAGCGGGCGCCUGCGUGCUGACAACACCCCCGUGGCUGUGAAAUCCUGCCGGGAAACCCUCCCGCCCGAACUGAAGGCCAAGUUCCUGCAGGAAGCCAGGAUCCUCAAGCAGUACAACCACCCCAACAUCGUCCGGCUCAUCGGUGUCUGCACCCAGAAGCAGCCCAUUUACAUCGUCAUGGAGCUGGUGCAGGGGGAGCGGCCUGGGGGGGACUUCCUGAGCUUCCUGCGCAGCGAGGGGCCCCACCUGCGCGUGAAGGAGCUGAUCAAGAUGACGGAGAACGCUGCCGCCGGCAUGGAGUACCUGGAGAGCAAGCACUGCAUCCACAGGGACCUGGCCGCUCGCAAUUGCCUGGUGACGGAGAAGAACACCCUGAAGAUCAGCGACUUCGGGAUGUCGCGGGAGGAGGAGGAUGGCAUCUACGCCUCCACGGGGGGGAUGAAGCAGAUCCCUGUCAAGUGGACCGCCCCAGAAGCACUCAAUUAUGGCCGAUACAGCUCAGAGAGCGAUGUCUGGAGCUUCGGGAUCCUGCUGUGGGAAGCCUUCAGCCUGGGCGCUGUCCCCUACACCAACCUCAGCAACCAGCAGACACGAGAGGCAGUGGAGCAGG